AUGGCCAAAGGCAAAAAAGAUAUACACAACUCUGUCGAUCGUCAACAUCACAUCCUCUUCACCACCACCACACUGCUCCCCAUCGCUACUGCUGCUGCAAGAGUGCUCAUCCUUUUUCAGCUUUUCCCUUUGCUUCCCCCCAACCCACCAUCACCAUCCACCAUCAUGUUUGAGGAGGACUUUGAGCGCUGCUUCAUCUGCCAGGCGCCUUCCAAGGGCCUCUACUGCUCAACAGAAUGCCGCCAGCAGGACAAGGGAACAGCAUCACCAUCAACCAAGGCUGCCAACGGCCCCGUCCGUCUGACGGCCCAACUCCCCGUCUCUCUCUCCCCAAUGGUUCGCCCCGUGCACCACAUUGCCCCGUCGCCCGCCUUUGGCCCUCGUCGCCGCGGCAACUCGUCGUCGUCGUCAUCCGUGUCCGACUCGCCCAUCCAGUCGCCCCACACAAAUCCUUCGGCAUCAGACUCGCCCCAGAAGGAGUCGUUCAACCUCCCUCCUCCGGCUUACCCCAACGGCAUGUACGGAAUCAACAUUGGCAGCGUGCCCGUCAAGAUUCCUCACGGCUUCUCAUCUCGCGUCCCAAGUACGGCCCCUGGCAGCGGUGCUGCGACCCCCGGAUCGGCUUCGACGGCCUAUGCUAUGGGUACCUCGAUCGACACUCUUCGCUUCGGACGCAAGUCGAGCGUUACCAACAGCGUCACCUCGCCCCUCGCGCUCAUCCCCCGUUGCGGCUGCGGUCGCCCAAUCGGUCACCGCGCUCGCAGCCGUGAGCGUACGGCUGUCAACGAGGUCGAGAAUGGCAUUUCGUGCCUCUCGCUCGGCCCUUCUGUGACGACCGAGGAGUCGCUCUACGUCGGCAACGCCCUCCGCAUCGUCUCCGACUCUGGUUACCGUGGCGCGCGCACCCCAAGUACCGCGACCUACCCUCUGCCAGAGGAGCGCUCGAUUUCCAACGUCCUCGGCUCUUCGCUUCUGGCUCGUUCGCGCUCAGACCCCAUGCCUCCAUCCCCUCGUGACCGCAGCAACAUGGACACUGUUCGCCCUCGUCUCGGCGCCGGCAUUCACCCCCGCCCUACUGUCGACCUGGCCCUUCGCACGCCCCCGCCCAUGGCUACGGCUCCCCUGCCUUCGGUUGCCCCUUCGCACCCCCGAUCGCGCUCUGCCCUGCCUCACUCUGAGCAGCACGGAGAUGCCGACCGCCGUGGCCGCAGCCGCGAGCGUGUCGCCCGUGUCCCUCACCUCACGACGCCAGAGCAGGAGAAUGCCAAGCUCCCCUUCCACGAGGAGCGCGAGGUUGCUCCCUCGCGUUCUGGCCGCUCGCGCAACCGCGACGCCGACGCCCGCCAAUACCGCGAGGCCGACUCUCGUCGUUCUCGCUCGCGCCACGACACGCUCGGUUUCGACCAGCUCAGUGAAGCGCCCGCUCACCGUGGCCGUGUCCCGCGUGUUGGCGCCUAGUCGCGCCUGCUGUCGCACCCGUCCGUCGUCGUCUCUCCUGCGCUGAGCGCCACCUCGUUGUCUCCAUAUGUGUAACCUGCCACCACCCCUCUUCGACUCAACUCGCCUCUGGAUCCCCACACAAAAUCACCCAUCGCAUCAUUGCUUGUUUCCACCACACCACAAAAACGGGCGACACCACACCCCCCGCUUCAACACAAAAGGCAGCACACCAAGCCGCAGUGCGAGUAAAAACCCCACAAACACAUAGCAUACUGGUCCAUACAUUCUGGGUCGCAUCAUUCAUCAUCAUUCAUAGUCACCACACAUGUCAUUGCAUCACAAAUGU